CUCUCGAGCAGCUGCUCACGGAACUUGAAGAUUUUCUGAGAAUACUGGACAAAGAGAACUUGAGCAGCACUGCCGUGGUGAAGAAGAGCUUCCUCUCCGACCUCCUGCGGGCCUACACCAAGUCCAGUGGUGGCGAUGAGGAAUAUAUUUAUAUGAACAAAGUGACCACCCAUAAGCAGCAGGGUGACCAGGAGAAACAAGACAAAGUGCUGGAUCAGAGAAACUCCUUGACCAAUGGAGACUCAGGACUGCCUUCAUCCCCUCCUCAGAAGAGCCUUCCAGAUCUCCCACCUCCAAAGAUUCCUGAAUCAAAACAACCUCCAGUCCCCAAGAUCGAAUCCCCAGAGGGAUAUUAUGAAGAGGCUGAGCCAUAUGAUGUCUCUGUAAAUGAUGGUGAAGCCAUUAGUAGCUCCUAUGAAUCCUAUGAUGAAGAAGAGAGCAGCAAAGGCAAGUCAGCCACCCAUCAGUGGCCAUCCACGGAGGCCACCAUUGAACUGAUGAAGGAUGCCCGCAUCUGUGCCUUCCUGUGGAGAAAGAAGUGGCUGGGACAGUGGGCGAAACAGCUCUGUGUUAUCAAGGACACCAGGCUGCUGUGCUACAAGAGCUCCAAAGACCACAGCCCUCAGCUCGACGUGAAUUUGCUGGGCUGCACUGUCAUUCACAAGGAAAAGCAAGUGAAGAAGAAAGAGCACAAGCUGAAGAUCAUCCCCAUGAAUGCUGAUGUCAUCGUGCUGGGGCUGCAGAGUAAAGACCAGGCAGAGCAGUGGCUCAGGGUAAUCCAGGAGACCAGUGGUCUGCUGUGUGAAGGAGGUGGUGAAGGCAACCAGUACAUCCCAGAGUCCCAGCGUCUCAGCUACCCAAAGGUGGAGGUGUCGGAGAGGUACUCUGCAGCCUCUGAGAGCGGGAGCAGCACGGACGGUCACCCAGAGACAGCUGAAACAAAAGAUGUUAAGAAGAAAGGCACAACUGGCUUGAAGCUGAGCAACCUGAUGAACCUUGGGAGGAAAAAGUCCAGCUCCCUGGAUAGUCCAGAGAGAUCCCUGGAGACUUCAAGUUACCUGAACGUGCUAGUGAACAGCCAGUGGAAGUCCCGCUGGUGUCAGAUAAAGGAUGGUCACCUCCAUUUCUACCAGGACAAGAACCGAAGCAAACUGGCUCAGCAGCCCCUCAGUUUGGCAGGCUGUGAAGUCAUCCCAGAGCCGAGCCCUGAUCAUCUCUACUCCUUCCGCAUCCUGCACAACGGGGAAGAACGGGUCAUUCUGGAGGCAAAGUCCUCGGAGGAAAUGGGCCACUGGCUGGGCCUCCUCUUGUCCGAGUCAGGCUCAAAAACAGACCCCGAGGAGUUUACCUACGAUUACGUGGACGCCGACAGGGUCUCCUGCAUCGUGAGCGCUGCCAAGAACUCCUUCUUGUACGUCAGCAGCAAUGGGCAGGGCUGCUCGGGGCUGCUGGGGGGGAGCAAGCUGGAGAUGGGGGAGGAAGUACCCAAGAGCGAGAGCAAAUCGGAGGGAGACCAAGACAGAGUGUACCUGGAUCUCACCCCAGUGAAGUCCUUCCUACACUGUGCUGGCAGGAAGUCGUGCCAGCCCUCACCCCUCAGCUCCCCAUCUCUAGAAAGAGCUGCCAGCAGGGUUGCAGCGGAGGGCGCAGGGGAGACAGCCCUCGUGGCCAAGGAGGCCGAGCCCUGUAGCAGGGCAGCGGAGACCUCGGAGCAGAAACACCCAGAGAAGCCGGAGCCCGAGGAGGUGCUGCCACGGAUGCCCAACAUCAAAAUCCAG